AUGCAGGAGCCAUCUGAUUACUCGCAAACCCAAGAUUAUGAAGAAUCAGCUGAUCCUCGAAUCCCAGAUGAUUAUAGCUCCUUUAGUUUUGGAGAACUCAAUUCAGAUCCGAUUAUCUCGAGCGAUGAAGAAUCAACAGAUACAGAUCUUGAAGGAAUUUUAGAUCGCCUUGAUUCAGAUGGAGUAAGUUCUUAUGAAGAAGACGAAGCAGAUUCUCAUCGAAUACUCAAUAUUUGUAAACAAUGUGGUGAAGCUUUUUCUGAAAGAAUCAACUUAUUAUUGCAUGUUAAAAUUGCUCAUACAGGCAAUAUACCCCUUUUCAUUUGUUGGCAGAUCAAUCAAAACGGUUCUUUUUGUGGCAAAUGGUAUACAAGAAAAUUUGCACGUUUAGUUCAUUCUUUAGAAUCACACAAUCAUUGUCCAGAUUGCGAUACUCAAUUUACCUGCUUAGAGGACUCAAAUCAGCAUAGAAGAGCAAAACAUUCACGAAAAAAAAAAUCAAAGCAUUCAUUAGCUGGUAUCACUCAAACUAAAGCGAAUAGCACUAAAUCUCUAGAUACAGCGAAUGCACACGAUAUUACUCUACAAAAUCUUGAAGAUACUGCUAUAUAUUAUAAAAAAGAAUUACCCGAAGAAGGGAUCCCGUAUUUUGUUAAGAUUGAUAAGAACCCCUUAUUGUUUAUUGAGGAAAUAAAAGAACUGAAAUCGCAAGGGUUCACCAAAUGCACUAUUCGGCCGUCGAAUCUCGUUCAAACGGAUAAAAUCAUAUCUGUUUUAGGAACUUCCUUAGAUCUUCUUGUAUGCGCUGAAUCUUCCUUACCAUCAGUAUCCCAAUUACAUACGGAUACAAAAUCUAGAGCCAUGACAAAUUGGCGCAAAGAACUUUUAGGAUAUAAUCUAAGGGGAAAAAAGAGAUUGACCGCUAAAGCACAACAAAAUAAAUCGCAAGAGGAAGCACCUCGUAAAGAAAGAAAACAUCAUUGUGCUUAUGCUGCCGAUGACAUUCCUUGCUCUAACAGUUUUACCAGAAGUUAUCAUAAAAGACGGCAUGAAAUCAAUUCUCACUUUUUCUGUUCAUUAUGUAACACUAAAUUCAAUUCGAGACAACUAGCUUUUGAGCAUUAUAUAACCAAGGCUUGUUCUAAAGAGAAUUAA